UUUUUUUUUAUUUUUUUUUUUCAAUAUGAACUUUAAAGAUUUACAAUUCAACAUUGGAAAGUUAUCCACCAAUGUCAAGUCUCAUGUGGCUAAAAACAACCCGUUACAGAACCCUGACACGCGUGCACUCAAUCUAUGGUUGUUUGAAGAAAGAGAUGACUUGUCAAACAUGAGAACGAACACCUACCAUCACGCUGAAACAAACAAGGCUUUUCUAGACUGGGUUAAAGAGGAACUGGUAAAAAAUAAAGAGGAUGCCGAUUAUAGUCAGGAUAUCGAAGAUGUUGGCUCUGCACUCUAUACGCUCUUAAAUAAGCAAGUAGAACUCGAAAGACAAUAUAAUGAUCGAUACCAGCUAUAUCGACGAGCCAUCAAGUCUAUGAAGGAUAAAGAGUUAGAGUUAAAUGAUUUAAAGGAGAAGAAACAAUCAUUAGAAGAGAGAAUCAAACAUUUAAAAAAAUCAAACCCGGCAUCAAAGAAACUAUAUGAUUUAGAAGCAACCCUUUUUGAACUAGAGAAUGAACAAGACAAGGAAAAUGUAUCUUCGACUGAUUUUAGACGAUUUAUCUUGAAAGAAGCAUUCUAUUUGAGGUUUAAUGCGUUACAAGAAUUCUCUGAAAAAAAUGCUCUCAUUGCUGGAUUUGGAAAAUUUUUGAUUGACUUAUUGGACAAUAAACAUGAAACACAAGAAAAUGAAAGCAGUGAUAUGAUUUUAAUGGAUGCAUUAUUAACUGUAGAUGGAUGGCAGUCAUCAGACCAACGCCAUACAUUAACCAAAGAAGAUGAUUUACUUACUAGUGAAGAUAGUAGUGAUGAUGCUACCCUUUUAACAGAUCAUGACUUGUUAUUGCAAAAGACCCAGCAAGAUAUGAUUCUCAAAAAAGAAGAGCUAAAUGAAAAAUCAACAGAUGAUUACUAUAAUCAAUUAUACAAACGUGUUUCAUUACAAAAACGGCCCAUUUCUUCCCAUCGAUCGUAUGCCGAGUUCCAAACUCAAUUUAAUUUACCCCCAACAUCUACAGAUAGUCCUCCAGCAUACAAGAGCAAUGAAGCUGUAAAUCCAACAGACGAAAAGAAAAUCUAAUACCGCAGUGUUUCAUGUUUUAUAAAAUAAAGUUUAGAAGGUGAAAUGUACAUAUGUGUCUUACAAGGUCUAUCACUCGUUAGUCGAAUCAAUUUAAAUGAUACAUAGUAUUCAGAAGUAGAAAAAAAUAACAGAUGUUAAAAGUAAAAAGGCAUACUCGUUCCAAAUGAAGUCUUAUUGGAUUAUGAAAAGUACAUCCUUAAAUCAAACCAUUUAUCUACCCAAUGAGCGCCUUAUCCUAAGAGUUCAUCUAAGUAUCUAGCUCAAAGAGCUGCCUCCAUAUCUCUAGGUUGUUUUCGUUGAAUGGUUGAAAUUAAUCUAAAUAUCAACCCAUCGUUUUAAGCCAUUAUUCAACAAAUUCUCUGUUUAUAAAUUUGCGUACUUAUUAAUAUUAUACGUGCGUAUUCUCAAUUAUUGGAUUCAAAUAUAAGUAAGUACUUUGAAG